AUGGCUGAAUACAAGCUCUCCUACGAGUCCCACCUGGACGCCUUCCAUCCUUCCUACCGCUACGACCAGCGCCAUCCCAGCGAGGACUGGAAGGCAGCCGCUCUGCGCGGUCCUGCGCUACCUGUGCUCGGAAACGCAGUAGCCGGGGCCGUGGGUGCGGCUGUAUCCAAUGUUAUUGUCUACCCCCUCAGCGUUGUCGUCGCUCGCCUUCAGACCCAGAAGAGGAAAGCCGAAAAGGGUUCGGAAGAUGACGAGGAGGAAGAGUACGCCAGUCUCCUCGAUGCCCUUCGAAAGGUCUAUAACCAGCACGGUAUCGCUGGGUUGUAUCCGGGUUUGGCGCAGGAUACGUGCAAGACGAUCGCGGACCAGUUUCUCUUUUUCCUGGCAUACAACACUAUCCGUCAGAGGAGGAUAGUGGCCCGCGUGGGACCCGCCCGGGCGGCGAAGAGCAAGAAUAUCAUGCUCCCGGUGCUGGAUGAGCUCGUUAUCGGGAUUCUAGCUGGGUCGUUCUCGAAAUUGUUCACUACACCGCUAUCAAACAUCGUCACUCGCAAGCAGACUUCGGCGGCCCGCAAGGAGGCGAAGGGCGGCAAAGACCUGUCGACUGGUGACAUUGCUGCCCAGAUUCGGAAGGAAAAGGGCUUGCAGGGUUUCUGGUCGGGUUACUCGGCGACGCUAAUCCUGACGCUCAAUCCAUCUAUCACGUUCUUGCUGAACGAAAUUCUAAAAUACACGCUGCUCCCACGAUCGAAACGCGAUCAUCCUUCUGCUUCAGUGACUUUUCUUCUGGCCGCCAUCAGCAAAGUCGCCGCCUCAUCUAUCACCUAUCCCUUCUCUCUCGCAAAAACUAGGGCCCAAACAAUGAGUCCCGGCUCGCAAACUCAAACGUCAUCGACUCCAAAGCAGCUCCACCAGCGCCUUUGUGCGGCUCUGACUCCGCAGAUCUUGUCAACUGUAUUUACAAUCGCCCGCACGGAAGGCCUACCAGCCCUCUACGCAGGCCUUCAAGGCGAAGCCCUGAAAGGCUUUUUCUCACAUGGUUUCACCAUGCUCGCAAAGGAUGCAGUGUAUGCCUCCAUCGUCAAGAGCUACUACAUUCUCCUUAUUUUGCUGCGCCGAUACCCCUCUCCCGAAGAACUGCUUGAACGCGCUCGGGAGCAGGCAGAGGAAUACGCUGAGAUUAUGCGUGAGGAGGCAAAGGAUUUGGCAGAGAGAGCAAAGGACGGCGCUGGGGAUGCGUUGAGCAUGCAUUCAGGUGCGGUCACUGUUGAUAUGACUUCGGAUGCAGGCGCUGCUGCUGUCGCCGCUGAGGCUGCCAGUAGACAAGGUGCCAGUGGGGGUGUCGAUGCCUCAUCCGGCUUGAAGGUGCCACCUAUGCCCGAUGGCGCGGUGAAUGCCACUGCUGAGCUGGUUGGGGACUAUGUUGAAGAGGAGGCGGCGGAGUGGAAGAGCUUUUAUCAUUGGUUCUGGGAUAAAGAUCGGAGGCUGGGUAAGGCGUGA